UCAAUUAAGUCAAUUCAUCAAAUCUAAAAUUGAGAAUACAUUAUCGUAUAAUAAAACAUUUUCAUUGAUUAUCCUUUAUGUGACAGAUUUCAUCGGAGAAAUAUAUUCAGAAGCAUUCAAUUAUUGAUUGCAGUAUCGAUUUGUAAUACAUUAUUAUCAAUCGUCGACCUAUUUAAAUAUGCUUCGAAUUUGAACGAGCAAAUUUGUACUUAUAUUUACUGAAGAGCUACCUAAACUUGCAUUUUCAUAAUAGAAAAGGAAUCAACAAGUCCGAAAGUACGAUAGGUUUAUGCAUGAUAACACAAAAGUAUUAAUUUGUUGUGAAAUAAACAAACACCAAGGAUGAAUAAAAUUUAUCCAACUGAAUCAGAUAGGUUUGUAGACGAUUCCUUGGUGGCCUAACAUUCGGUAAAAUUAUGGAAUAUGCUUCUGUUUCAAUUCAAAAAUAUGCAAAUGUAUACAUCACAGAACGUUCAUUGAAACCGAAUAAAAUGCUUUGGUUGGGCCGCUGAACAGUCAUACAAUGGUUAGGCAACUAUUUACUUUGGUAAUUGUAGGCUUUUUGGUUAAAAUAAUUGUGUGUUCUGGAUUAGGAAGAUGUCCAAAACAAGAGCCCAUGGAAAAUUUCAAUAUGACCAGGUUCACUGGUCGUUGGUUUGAAGUUGAAAGAUCGUUUUAUUUGGUAGAAUUAUUAUACAGCUGUGUAACUGUGGAAAUGGAAACGAUUUCGAAUUUCAAGUUGAAUAUUUCUGUGGUUUCGAGGAGUAGGUGGUCAGACGGAAUAACCGUAAGUGAAGGUUAUGCAACCCAAACGAGAAAAGAUCCAGCUAUCUUUGUAUAUAAGGUGAAUACAAAACUACCAAGACUGUUUUCCAAGUAUCUACCUGCCGCUGGAGCAUAUCAAGUAAUAGAUACUGAUUAUGACACGUAUGCAAUACUUUGGUCAUGUUCCGAUUAUGUUAUUGCUCAUAAUGAUAAUAUUUGGAUAUGGGGUAGAAAAAAAGAGUUGAAUGUUACAACUAGAGCUUAUAUUUAUGAAAUUUUAGAAGUGAACGAAUUGGAUCCGGAGAGGCUGACGUUACCAAAAAAUGGGAAUUGCUUAGAUUGAAGGUAAUUCAGUUCUUCAACAAAUAAAAAUCUCUAUUUCAGUGAACAAAUGCAAUCGAUAUAUUCUAUAAAAAUUUAUUUUUAAUUAUUUUAACAUUAUAACAUUUGAUAAAAAAAUUAAAAUAAAUAACAAGAUA